AUGGAAGAUCCAAGUCACACUUGUUACAAUACCAUUUCGGUUGCUUUUGAUUCGGACGUUCUGUUAGACAAAACAAAGUUUUCAAUCCCAAUCACCUCCACCGAUUCAAAAGCAUUAUCACUAAAAUCAAGCAUUCAAACAGUACUUUCAACUCAAUCUUUUUAUUUCAGUAUUCAAACGAUAUCAAACACAGAAAAUCUUCCAAUCAAUAUUUCUCUUCAAUAUCAAGAUACACAGACAUUCGAUUUUCCCAAUAUAACAUCUCUAGUAUGCAAUAUAGUGAAAGCAGAAGAUUUCAAAGUUGUAAAAGUCUCAAAUCUAUCAUUAUGGAAUCCUUUAACUAUGUAUUUCCAAAUAGAUUUUGGUUUUAAUUUCACAGGACUCCCUCUUUUCCAGCCAUUCCAAGGCCUCUCUUGCCAAGCUCCUCCCUUCUUAUGUUUCCCAAUGCCAACAACAAGAGCUAAUCAAUUCGCAGUCUCUUUAUCUUUAGAUCUUGGAUAUCAAUCAAUUCCUUCGAGCACUGGUAUUAUUAAAUUUACAUAUAUAGACCUAGAACUGACCAUACCAGCAAUGGAUACCAUCUUUCCAUGGAAUAUCACAAAUGAAUUGAAUCUAAUCAGAAAUAUUAGAUAUUUCCCACCAAACAAUACCAAUUAUAUCGAAACUUUCUCUUUUCAAGCCAAAUACUUAAAUCAAAUCCUGAUGUUCGACUCACCUCUUUUAAAAUCAAGUAUUCUAUAUAGAUAUGACAAUAAAUAUACAUCAACCAGUGGUAAUAAUAUUGCUCUUAUGUACCAAAAUAACCAGAAUGGUGCUUCAUAUCUUUCUGGAUUGGGUGCACAAGCCUCAGAGACUCGUUAUUUUAUGUGUGGUGGCAAAACAGAACAAUUUUUUCAAUUAGGAAUGAAUUUUACAAUGUUGGAUGUGAAACUUAUUUCGUUUGGUAUGGUUAACAAAACAAACCCAACUGAUAUUUCAGUGGCUAGAACAGAAUUCACUGUGGAUUAUGUUAGAGAUUACCAAAUCAGUACUGUAUUCGUUCCAACUUUAAAUUUUGUCUUAAAGUAUCCUUCGGUGUAUGCAAACUCACAGUUUAAAUAUUCCACUGAGAUUCCUUAUCCCAAUCAAUAUCGUGGUUCUAUUAGUUCCCAAUUACCAGACUUCCAAUCAAUGUCUUCUGUUAACGUUCAAUCUUUAUUUACAGAUGCUUGGGUAUUUGAAAUUUUAGAUUUCCAAAUGACUAAAGUUAGCUCUUUUACAUUUAUAAUUAGAAUCAGUCUUUCGACAAACUAUGAAAUCCUCCAAUUGACAAUGAAAUCAACACCUCAGAAAUGGUACCUCUUGGAAGGAACUCCAUUCAAUGGAACAUAUGAACUUUCAAUCUACAGCCCAAUUAGUAUUGUCUUUCCAUUCUCAUUUAGAAAUACUAGAGGAGAAAUCUACAAUUUAUAUAGCAGUCAGUUUUAUAAUAAUAAUUUGAAUUCGACGAAUUCUUAUUUAUUAAUUAAUACCACAGAUAUUUUAAGUCUUGAUGAUUUUAGUUAUAUUGGAUUCAGAAGAACAACAAUGGAUCUUUCAAGGAAUGAAUUCUCAAACACAUUGUUUUUCAAUCUUACAAGACCACUGUCAGGUAUUCUUGAUUAUGUAUUUGUAUUUAAUGAUCCAACGAAUUAUAGUCCUAAAUUCAAGACGAAGUUCGAUAUCAACAAAAAUCUGUAUUGUAUAAAUUUCAAUGUUUCAUCUAAAGAUGUUGAUGGACCUGUUAGAUUUAUAUUAUCAAACUAUCAAAACAUGAUCUAUAGUUUUGAUCUUUCAAAUUUUACAGUCAAUAUUAUUAACUCAACUAGUCAUUCUUACCAACCAGAAAUAACAUCUAUUAAAGCUUUCCCAUCAACAUCUAUCAACACUAACGGUAGAAAUCAAUUCCAACUUGGUUGGAAUGUCACGAUUUUGAAUGAACCAUUGGGAUUUACUUUUGGAACUUUCGAAAUCAUUUCAAAUUUGGACUCUCUUCCACGAGUUAUUAAAGUCAAUGAAUUCAACAGAAUCAAUGGAAAUGCUCAAAAUGGAACAUAUACAGUGUAUACAACGAUUGCAACCAAAUGUACUUCUCAAAACUUUACAAUCAGAUCAAUUUCAUUGACUGAUGGCGUUCUCCAAUAUAAUCCUCUUUCAACUAUUAUUGGAACACCAGAUGAAUCUGAAUUAAUCAUAAGUUUAAUUUGUCCAACAAACCUUGAUACAACACCACCAGUUAUCACUGAUUUUUCAGUUACACCAUCUGUCAAAGUUUACUCAAUGGAAAGAAGAGUUGAAUUCAACUUGUCAAUCUCCGAUGGAACUGGAUCAGGAAUUUCAUCCCGUCAUUUACCAUAUUUAUUGUUAGCAUCUGAAAAUGGUGACACAAUGGAAAUACCAUCUUUAAGUUUUUCAUAUUUCGAUGGCAUCUCAGCCACACUCAAUGGAUAUUCAGAUCUACCAUAUGGAUUUGGAUUCAAUAAUAUCACGAUUUCAAUUUAUGGAAUUGUUGACAAUCGAUUGAAUUAUGCAUCAUAUUUGACUUCCGAUCUAUUGUCAAUUGGUAAAACAUAUCGUAUCUUCAGAGACUCCAGUGUUGUAUAUCCUUAUCUUGCUAGUUCCACUCCAACUCUAUCAUUAGGUGGUCCAAUGGGUUUAUUUGGUGCUGGUUUUAGUUCAUAUAAGUUGGGUAUCAGUGUUUUGGUUGACUUUAAAGAUGGAAAGAAUUUCCAACUCAUAGACACCGACUAUUUAUCAGGUGUUUAUUUGAAUGUAACUCUCCCAAGGUUCUUCCAGUCAUCAAUUGAUGUUCAAAUUAUCAGAAAUGGAUUGAGUUCUAAUAUUCUUACUGUCGAUGUUUCAGACUAUUACCAAGAACCAACUCCAACUCCAACUCCGACACCAAAUAUUACAACAACACCGAAUACAAAGACAUGUCCAGGUAAUCCAAUUUGCAACAACAAAGGAAAAUGUAAUCUCCAGACUUUGGUUUGUGAAUGUAUUCCAAUGUGGUAUGGUCCAUCAUGUGCAUCUGAAAUCAUCAUCAUUCCAACACCAACACCACAACCACAACCAACAUCUGAAACAACUUAUGUUUUUGAUUCAAACAAUAUCACAUCAGUUGUUCAAGUGAUUGCUGUGAGAGAAUUGAAUGAUAUUUACAAUGUUGUCAAUGAAUAUCAAAUCUCGAAUUGGACAUUAACAAUUGCAGAUCCAAAAUUAAUCACAAUUCCAACAUAUUAUUAUCAAACACAACUUGGAAACACUUCAACAACAUUGAAUGUCACAAUCGAAUUCUUUUCAAACCAAACCGAAAGACAAUUUGGUGGUCAAAACAUAACACUUUCACCAUCAUCAAUCAAAUUCUCGAUUUCAAUUGGAAGAUAUCAAUUCCAAUCAAAAACAAACUAUCUCCAAGUUAUAAUGGCAGCAACCAUUCAAGGUUCUGAUGGAUCAUGUUCAUCGAAAUCGAUUGGAUCUGGAAAUGAUAACAAUGUUCGAUGGAUCAAAAUGAACAUUGACAAAACAAGUCUUUAUGGAAGAUUCAUCACCUAUGGAAUCAUUGAUGGCAAUGUUGAAUUAAUUCAGAAUAUGCUAAUAGAAGAUAAUAAUGAAACAGAGACUUCACAAACCAGAACAACCAAAGUUGGUAUUACAAUUCCAAACUUUGAUGAUUCCGUUCUCUUGGAUCCUGACUUUUCGAAUCUCAUCGAUGUCAACAACGAUUCCAAUGAGAAUGAGAUCUGUCAAUCAAAGAAGAAACUCAGUAAUGGUGCAAUUGCUGGAAUCGUCGUUGGUUGUGUCGUUGCCAUUGCAAUUGUAGUUGGUGUCACUCUCUACUUGAGAAAGAGAGCAAAGUAUAAUAGAGAAAAAUUAAAAAUGUCUCAAAAAUUACAGAAAAUGAAUAAUAAAGCAAAUUAA